GCAGCAGCAUCAUGACCACCAAUAAGUAGACUACGUAGCGCUCACCACAACGUGAUAUAAGACCUGGUACCCCACCUACGCUCCAGUUGCUGAUUGGCGUUACGCAGGUAUCCAGUUAUUAUUUAUUAGCCCAAAGCCUGGACGUCUCAUUUAUCCUCACCGGAUCUCACUGCAGGAUCUAUCCGUUCCCACUCCACUCCGCACCAGGGCGCACGCAGCUGACUCUUUUACCAAAUUACCUGCUCGACAGAAAUCAGGUGGUGCUGAGAAAAUGAGGAGAGGUUUGCUACUGGUGACUCUGUUCCUCAUCAUGAAACUUCGCUACAGCCAGUGCAGAUGCGAGGAACCCGGAUCGCGCAGAUCACCUUCAGAUCAGACCGUAGGCUUGGACAACCUCAAGCGGAACAUUCUGAAGAGGUAUAGCGAUUUGGAUUAUGACAGCUUUGUGGGUCUGAUGGGCAGAAGAAACGCCGAUGCAAACACUGUACAAUCACCCCAAAAAAGAGAAAUGCACGACAUUUUUGUUGGCCUCAUGGGAAGGAGAAACUCAGAGCCUGAUAAUGGUCCCUGGAGGAGAGAGUAUCCAGAGAGGAGAGGCAUUUUUCUCAACAAGUGCCGGCUGAGGUUUCUUCAGGGGCUGUAGACUGAAACAACUCAUCUGGCUACAGUGACAGAUCACAGAGAACACAAACAAUGAAUGAAAUGUCUGAUGGAAAUGAUUAAACCAUGAUUCACACUGUAAAACUGCCGGCUGGCUUAUGAAA